AUGUCAACUGGACAAUCUCCUUCAAAAGGGUACAUCAAUUCCCCUCCAGGUGUUCAACCUGGGAUGUCAACCACAGCUACUCCUACAGAGAGGAGGUUAAACAAUUCUGAAAAUUCAAGUUUGACUGCUGUUGAUGAUGAUGGUAAUAACAAUAACAAUGGACAAGUGAUUCCAGGUCUAUCACUCGCCUCUUCACCGUCUAACACCGGGACGAAUCCCAAAAACAGUAAGACGAGAUACGAACAAUGGUACCCUGGUGAUGCCUCUCAUAAUGGUAGACCAGCAUGGUGGAAUAAAUGGUUUUGCUGUGGAUAUGGUCUGGGUUGUUUGUUGUGUCCUUGUUCGAGCUGGAAUUGUAAAUAUGAGAGAAGUUGA